UGUUUACAAACUCGAGUGUCACUUUCUGCGAAGUUAGGGUGUUAGAUUUUAGUGUUCUCAUGUUUGUUAUGUGGGAUGUGGUAGUAUGUAGAUCAGUAGAAACACACCACACAACAUUAAACGAUGGAGGAAGCGAAAAAAUACGAGGUAGGGAUUAAGACCAAGGAGAGGGAUGCAGACAGCCAGAGACAGGUCCAGCUUAAAGUGCCAACACACAUGCAGUCUUAUUCCUGGGACUGUGGACUGGCCUGUUGCUGUAUGGUGCUCAGAUAUUUGAAAAAGGAUGAUCACAAUGUGUAUACAUCGGACUUUGAGGAGCUGAAUUGUGGAGAAAGUAUUUGGACCAUAGAUUUGGCGUACCUGCUUGAGAAGCAUGACCUAAAAGUAAAGCUGACCACAGUGACCCUGGGAGUGGACCAAGAAUAUGCCAAAAAGCCAUUUUACAGGUCUCACUUUAGUCAGGAUGAGAACAGGGUCGGCAAGAUGUUUUCUGAGGCUGCCUCUAAGAAUAUUGAGGUGGAGAAAUGUUCAGUGCCUAUGUCGGACAUUGUGAACCAUUUAGCCAAGGAGAACCUGCUCAUAUGUCUUGUGGACUGGAACUUCCUCGAAUGUAUCUGGUGUGACAAAAGGCGACAUUGUUUCUCCUGCUUCAAACGGUGCUGUGGAACAUACCAAGGACAUUUCGUGGUUGUGUGCGGUUUUGAUAGAAGAAAAAAACGUGUGUUCUAUAAAAACCCUUCCUAUGAUGAAGAUGUGUGCUGUAGCAGAAUGGACAGAUUUGACAAAGCACGGAAAAGUAACGGAACUGAUGAAGAUACUCUUUUCAUCUUCAGCUCCUAAAGAGACACUAGGUUGCUGUAGGAUUGUGGUAAAGUCACAAUCUUCAUCUUUAGCUGCUGGAGAGACACCACAUUACUGCAGUCUUGUGAUUAUGACAUGUCCUUUUAUCGUAACCCCUGAAAGAGACUGUGAAUUUCUGCUGUUAGGUUGUGGUGAAUUUACCAUCUUCAUCUUCAGCUGCUAAAAAGACACAGCAUUACUGUCGGGUUGUAAUGAAGGUAUUAAGCACCUUAAUUUUCUAGCUGUUAGGUUGUGAUACUGUCAGAUCUAGUACAACUCCACCUUUGUAGCCAGCAGACACUGCAUAGAGGUCAUCUGUGUGUAGAGGAUUAGAGGUCACUUGUUUGCAGAGGUCACCUGUGUGUACAGCUAACCUAUGUGUAAAGGUCACCUGUGUGUAGAGGUCACCUAUGUGCAGAGGUCACUUGUGUGUAGAGGUAACUUUAGUGCAGAGGUCACAUAUGUGUCGAGGUCAUUUGUGUACAGAUGUCGCCUGUGUGUAGAGGUCAUUUGUGUAGAGAUGUUCUCUGUGUUUAGAGGUCAUUUGUGUACAGAUGUCAACUUUGUGUAGAGGUUACUUUUAUGCAGAGGUCACCUGUGUGUAGAGGUCACCUAUGUGCAGAGGUCAUCUGUGUACAGAGGUCACCUGUGCUUCAUUCUAGGUGGUGUUUUGAAAAACACCUUGAAAUUAAAAACAUUUUCUCUUGUGACCAGGUUGCCUUUAUGUAAUCACCUUUUAGAGAUGGCCUACAAGGUAGUUAGUGAACUACAGAUGUACUUGCUGUGUUGGAUGGUGUCAUACAGAUCUGUACUUGGAGAAACUAUAUAAAUAUACUUGAAUUGAUGCUAUGGGAUCAAUUAACAUUUCACCACCACUGUGAUCAUGCAGGGAUUACAUUUUUAAUUUAGCACAAGCUGUUCUUUGUAUCAAGAUUACCCGGUAAUUAUUUGUAUUUAUAAGACACAUUUACAAAAGCAAAAAAAUCUUAGCUAUUUGCAAAAUUAUGACUCCUGUCCUGGGUUUUUUGUGUAAUGAUGUCUUUUUUAAAGGAAAUAUAUGCUUUUUGCUUUUUCUCUGGAAAUAAGGUUCAAAUUUUACCAGUGAGUGUAAUCUUGAUACAACUGAUGUUCAUGAACAAGCUAGUUAUCAUAAAAUUGAGUUUAUUAUUUAUUGAUCAACAUGAGAUUAUUUUGUUACCUGAGUAUAUAUAAGCUACAAAUUGCUCAGUAAUGUGGAGCGGUAAUACAAGCGUUGCUUAUAGCAAUGUCGCACUGUUGUACACAGGGAGAGAAGUUAUUGCUAACUUCACAAUUGCAUGUGAUUUUUUGGUUAAUGGUGAAUUAUGAAAGAACACGGUUGGAACCUCAGUAGUCUAGACGAAGUCUGAUUGGUUAGAGUCCAGUCAUCAGAAAAGUGGGAUUUAUUCUUAUCAAUCUUGACUCUCACCCAUUAGAGUAAGGUUUCAUGGCUGUGACCAAUCACAAUAGGAAGUUUCAUGACUCUAACCAAUCAUAACAGGGGUUUCAUGGCUGUGACCAAUCAUAGUAAGGGGGUUUCAUGGCUGUGACCAAUCAUAGUAAGGGGGUUUCAUGGCUGUGACCAAUCAUAGUAAGGGGUUUCAUGGCUGUGACCAAUCAAAGUAAGGGGGUUUCAUGGCUGCGACCAAUCAUAGUAAGGGGUUUCAUGGCUGUGACCAAUCAUAGUAAGGGGUUUCAUGGCUUUAUCCAGUCACUCUAGGUUUCAUGCUCAAUAAUUUUACUCUAACCAGUCAUAAUUAGAGGUCUCAUUACUUACCUUAAUCAAACACAAUCCUUAGAGGGUGUUUCUUUACUCUUACCAAUCAUAUUAAGGAGAUUUCUGGCUCUACUGACCAAUCACAGUAGGGUGUUUUAUGACUAACCAAUCAGAAUAGGAUGUUUCUGACUCUUAACCAAUCAGAAUAGGUUUCUAUCCCAAAUGUCUUUGAGAAUAAUGCGAGAUUAUUCAUCCAGAACUUCUAUUUGGAAACCACAAUCUCUAGACUACUGAGGUUCAAUGGUGUGUUAAUUGUGAUAACUUUGUUGUUUUACAGGAUUUGAAAUAGUUAGUCAUUUACAGUUAUAUUUGUGAAUUAUACAUUUUUCUUGGUGUUCAAGUCUUAAGUUUGAGACAGAAAAUGUUAAUCUUUAAUAUGUGAUUUCUUUGGUACAAUGUUGGGUUGUCUAGUAACGCUUCACAACUCAUUCACCCCUGUAGACACAUUUGAACUCUUCCAAUUCAAUGGUUGGAAUAGUUCAUUACAAAAUUUCAGGGGUCAAUGAGUUAAAUUAACCCUUUCACACUGUCGACCAUAAUGGACUCAUCUAGAUCAAUCCAGACGAUCUAUUUGAUGGUUAAUAUGUCUAUUCUUCAGAAACAACUAUCAUUGAUUGUUCGUUAUCUUAUACACACUUUAUCAUUAAUAAGGUAAAAUGUUUAUGCUGCUUAAUUGCCUAACUGAUAAUUUGAUGGGUAAUUUUGGUAUGUUUUCGAUGAAAUAAGAUUUGGUUACUUGGUUAAUUAUUUGAUGUUGAUGUUUAUACAUUUCCAGUAUUACUGUAAAGAAUCAAGCUUUAUCCAUGUAUUAGCGACCUGUGAACUCAUAAUUCAAACUGGAUAUUUCAGAAGUUUUUGCAAAAGUUUAAAGACCGGGUACGAGUGUUCUUGUAGUCUGAGAGUGAUCAUUUUUAAUUCCAAUACAUAAGAGAUGUAUUAUUUUCAAGAACAUCAACAAAAAACAAACUUCGCUAUCAAAGAAUCUUGAAACAGUUAAAUUCUGGACUAGAUUUUUGUUCAAGCCCGAUUACCUAAAAUGUGUUGUCAUUAACAAAAUUAAGAAUUGAAAUAGAAACAAACUAAGUACAUGUAUUAAAUAUAUUUCAUGUUGUUUAGUAGAUCAUUUUAAAGAGUUUUUUGUGUACAUGCAGUUUCGGCGAUAAGCUUAAAAUAUUUUUGAAAAUAUAGUAAGUGGAAUAAUUGUGUCAAUAUAUCAUUAAACCACCAUGCUUCAAGUAACUUGGUCAGACUUCUUCAGAAAAUGUGCAGUUGUAUUACUGCAAGCUGGAAAGGAGCAACAGACUGUUCGUUUUGGAGACGGCACCACACUGCCCUGGUGUAACGUUUACACACUUUCCACGCUAAUUCUAAAGUGCGAAAGUUGAUCACUGUUCAUUUUUUACCCAUUAAGUUAUGAAAAACUAUAGCAUAAAAUCAUGUCAUAUGUGAAUUGAAAAUUAUUCGCAUGCACAGAAAUUUGAGUGUGUUGAUUAAGUACAGUAAUGUAUGAGAUGAGUCGGUCCAUCAGUCCGUGUUGUGUGGUUAUACCAUGCUCGGUUGCAAACCUGACAGAUUACAUGACCCUCAGUACCUAUCAAGAGUACCAAUAUAAAAAUGUUUAAAGUAUAUGUUCUGUUAGUUAACAAGUUAAUUAGUUAAAAUCCACAUAGCUGUCAAAAUAGCUAUUGUAAUAUCAUAAUAUAAGUAAACAGCUGAUGAACGUCCAUUUGAUAGUAGGAGAAAUAGGUGUUAGUUAUAUCGACAAUAGCAUAUAGUAUGAGGCUAUGAUUAUUAUCAAGAAUGGACUUAAGUUUAGGUGAAUAUGUGGUUGUACGAACCUGAGAUAUCGAUAUUGACCAGUACUAUUUAGGUUAUCUAAGAUUUUUUAAAAGUGUCUACUUUUUUUUGUACAAGAGUAGUCACAGAUUUUCUGUGUAGAUCAUAUUCUUUAAUCUUAAACUUCACAAAAUAUGUGGUACAUAUAAAAUUUUGAAGUCCGAAUGUAAAUUUUGAAUGUGAUUUUAACAUAACACUGUUUUUAGGUUUUCGUUGAUGGAUUUAUCUGCUAUAUAUUUGCUGAGUUGGAUAUGGUUUAACGUUUACUUUAUUUUCUACUUUAAAAAUGUCCUGUCUUUAUUCCUUUAACUUUAAACUAGUCGCCCUACUGCCAUAUUUUUUUGUCAUGAGUCAAAAUGUUCAAACAAGGAGACGUUUAAGAUUAUUUUUGCUUUCCAUGUAUAGUGUUGUGACCCUAUAAUAACAGUAGUGUUGCAAUUAUUGCUUCAUUAAUCCGUACAAUUUCUUUCCAGGUAUAUUUUUCAGUAAAAGAAAUUCCACAGACUACCUGCUUGCACAGUUAUCAGCUGUUUCUUUGUUGCUAUAUUUAUCAUUUCAGUCUUCUGUCAAACGGCCUAAACGCAUAAUAUGCAUGACAUUUUAUGAAACAUAUUAUACAUAUAUAUAUGAUUCAAAUUAUUCACAAGUAUGUAUUUGAUGCAAGAAUACUGGAUAUUGUUAUGUACAUUCAUAUAUUUGAUUAAACUUGUAUCAAAUUGCUACCUUUUUCAAUAUUUCUCCUUUGAUAUGUACUGUACAUGUCCUAAAAUUGUAUAUAUAUAUAUAUAUAGACUGUCCAUUCAACCUCUUGCUUAAUAAAUAUCAUGUAUAACUAAUUGAAUUAUAUUGAAAAUGUAACCGUUUAUGAUGUCAUAUUACUUGGGAAUUGAAUUUGCAAAAAGAAUAAUGACUGCUUUAUAUUUCAUUUUUUGUGUCGCCUGCGAAAAGCUGGUGACACAUAGGUAUUGCUUUGUCGGCGGCAUCGUCCGAACAGAGGUGUCGUGCGAUAACUUGAGUUUCCUUGGGCCGAUCAAACUCAAACUUUACGCAGUGCUUCCUUACCAAAAGUGC